AUGGCUCCUGGUGCCGGAGGAAAGCGGAAGAGAGGAGAAAGACAGUGGUCUGGCGAUUCAGGAAACGACGCCGGACGCCCUUCUCCCCAUCGGCCAGGCAGCCUGAACAUGGCGCAACAACAACAGUCCCCUCGCGAACCCCCCGAGACACGCGGGAGAGGUCGAAGACAGCACAAUCGAGGAGGGCGGAAUAGCAUCGGCCGAAGGCCUAGUAAUGACACCCAGAAUCUUCCCGGGGCUCGCAAGGAAGGAGCGAUGUCGCCUCCGAACACCACACCCGCGAAAGACGCCACGGAAUCCAAUCAGACAAACGGAGUUACCCAACAACCGCCACCGUCACCAACACCGGCGCCCUCGUCUGUUUCUCAGUCGCAACCUCAGCCCCCUCCUCCUCCCCUCCAGAUGUCGCCUAUUCAGCCUCGCGGGCCUCCCCCGCCUUUCGACUAUGAGUACGUGACCGAUACCAUCAUCGAGGACUGGCUGUCGACCGGAAGACAGAAGCUUGUGGAGGACGGGAUACAUAUCCGGAAUGCACAAGAUGAUGUGAGAUUAGCGGCGAUGUACCAGGAGCUCAUUCGAAGCGCCUUCUACGGUCGGAUGUCGCCCACAGAUGCAGGCAGCGCCGUGAAGGACAUAAUUGGAGAAGACGUUGCGGCGGAGGAUGUCGAUAUGGAGAGCGAAGGACAGGCUACGAUUCUUGAUACCAGAUCCCUCUUCCUUGAUACCCUAUCGAUCGUUACUGACUCCGAUCCAUCGAAUCCCGCACUGAGGCCCCUCGUUUUCUCCACUGCGAUCAAUCCUGCGCUCAUGCGCCUUCAGCUUGACACGCCUCUACUGCAGUCUUUGGGUCUUGUUCGAGAGACCUUUGCCCGUAUGGGAAUCCGCAAACAGACGAAUCUCUUGUACCGACAAUCGAACUACAACCUACUCCGAGAGGAAUCGGAAGGAUACUCGAAGCUCCUCACAGAACUGUUCACGACAAGCAAUAACGAACCCCCAUCCAGUGAGGUCGUCGAAGACACCUUUGAGAAAGUAAAGGCGAUGAUCGGUGCGUUCGACAUGGACGUCGGACGUGUCUUGGACGUGACCUUGGAUGUUUUUGCUGCUGUGCUUGUGAAGCAAUAUCGGUUCUUUGUGAAGCUUCUACGGGCCAGCUCAUGGUGGCCUAAAGAAGACACUUUCCGCACCCUGGAGGGAAGCGCUCGCGAUACAGGCUUGCCCAACUGGGCUCUCCCGGGCUCUGCGGGUUGGGUGACGACUGACGAAGAGCGCGCCGAGGCCAUGCGAAACAACGAGCAGCGGGACAGGCAAUUCUGGGACCGUGUAAAGGAAGUCGGAAUCCGUGCUUUCUUUGAGAUCGGUCGUCGUCCGGUUUCUGAAGAGGAGCUGAAACAAAUUCUCCCGGAAACCAACAACCUUUCGGAAGAGGAAUUGGAGACAAGGAAAUGGAUUGCGGAGACCGGCACGCUGCCACCAAAAGGGAACAGGGUAGCUGCGCAGCUUCUUGGAUUCAAGCUACGUUUCUAUUCUUCGCGGGCACGAUCGAAGUCUGAUGUUCUUCCCGAUAACCUCAUUUACCUUGCCGCGCUGCUGAUUAAGGUUGGAUUUAUCUCCCUCCGCGAUCUGUACCCGCACUUGUGGAGGCCGGACGAUUCUAUGGAUGCAUUGAAGGAGGAGAAAAUGAAGGAGAAGGCGGAACGAGAGAGGGCUGCUCGGCCUGGUGGCGGCGUGAAUGCGCUGAUGUUGGCCGGUGCUUUAUCGGAUGACACGCUCCCGACUCCACGAAUUCGAGAGUCGGAGACAAGAUCAGCCACUCCAGGGAAGGAACAGGACGCAGACAAGCCGGCUACCAAGCCGGAGGAGAACGAUCUCCCAGAGCCCUCUGACCAGAAAGUCCAACUGUUGAAGAGCCUCCUCGCCAUCGGCGCGCUUCCAGAAUCCCUCUUCAUCCUCAGCAAAUUCCCCUGGCUCAUGGAUGUCUACCCGGAGCUCCCAGAGUUUAUCCAUCGUAUCCUUCACCAGUGUCUGAGCAAGGUUUAUGCCUCGUUGCGGCCGAUACCCGAUGCAGAGGAUCUUCGGGAACAGCAACAGAUCCCCAGCCACGACCAAACAGGUCUCGGUAAAGGACAAAUCCGCCUUUGCCAGGCGCCUCCGCGCCGCGUCCUUCGCUGGGCUCAGCUUGACAAGGAAGACACGAACGAUGGUACCGACUAUCGGUUUUAUUGGGAUGACUGGGCAGACAACGUCCCAUUGUGCCAGACAGUAGACGACGUCUUCGCCCUGUGCUCGUCCUUCCUCAACCUGUCCGGACAUAAGAUUGGACAGGACCCGAGCUUACUCACGAAGCUCGCACGGAUUGGGAAGCAUAGUCUUAACAAAGAUGAUUCACCAGAGAACCGGGCACGGUGGCAGGAUCUUUGCAAACGCCUCUUGCUUCCUUCGAUAAGUUUAACGAAAGCGAACCCCGGCGUUGUCAACGAAGUCUUUGAUCUCGUGAGCUUUUUCCCUCGGGAGACCCGGUAUAACAUGUACGCGGAAUGGAACUUUGGCCAGACAUCUCGACUGCCUGAUAUCAAAUCCGCGUUUGACCUAGCUAGAGCUGAAACGAAGGAUGUUCUCAAGCGACUCAGCAAAACGAACAUUCGCCCAAUGGCUCGCGCGUUAGCCAAGAUCGCUUACGCUAACCCCGGAAUUGUCAUCAAUGUCGCCAUAAGUCAGAUCGAAUCUUACGAGAAUCUCAUCGAGGUCGUUGUCGAGUGUGCACGCUACUUCACCUACCUUGGAUAUGACAUUUUGACCUGGGCCCUAAUCAGCUCUCUCGGCCAGAAAGGACGGAGCCGCGUGCAAGAAGGUGGACUGUUGACCAGCAGAUGGCUGAACGCGCUCUCGACUUUUGCCGGUCGGACGUUCAAGCGGUAUUCUGUCAUGGAUCCCACGCCUCUGCUGCAAUAUGUUGUUGAGCAGCUGAAACACAAUAAUUCGACAGACCUUAUCGUUCUGGAGCAACUGAUCAGCUCUAUGGCCGGUAUAAUUACGGAUACCAAUUUCAAUGACUCGCAGAUCCAGGCCAUGGCUGGUGGCGAGGUCCUCCAAGCGCAGACUAUCCUUCAGUUGUUGGAUCGGCGACACGAGUCCAAGACUACGUCUAAACGGCUGAUGAAAUCGCUGACGGUAUCGAAACUUGCUGGCCAGUUACUUAUUGCCAUCGCCCAGGAGCGCUGGACUUGCAUCUACAAGGAGUCUGAUGGCUCUUCUGAGCUCAAGUUACUGGGAAAUAUCUUCGACGAGAUCCACCGAGUACUGGCACAGUAUCUCGAUCUGCUGCGCAGCAAUCUCUCCGUGGAGGAGUUUGAUUCCUUCGUUCCUGACCUCGCAUCUCUAAUUAAGGAGUUUGGUAUCCAACCGGAAGUCGCCUUCUGGAUCCGGCGACCCAGCAUUGCCAAGAGAAUUGCUCAAGAUGAGGCGCUGAACGGCCAGGAUGAAGACUCUCCGUCGCAAACUGAAAAGAUGGAGACAGCUGAUGAUGGAGAGGCCGCUGCCGAGGGCGAGGUAUCCGAGUCCAUGGACGUCGAUAAAGAACAGUCCGACAAAAACCAGUCCAACUCGAGGUCUACCGAACAACCAUCCAUCAACCCAGUCAUGCAGGAAAUGCAAGAUCAAGUCAAGUCCGUCUUAUCCUCCGAUACCUGGGGCGUUGUUGGCUUGCAAUUCUACACAACUUUUUGGCAACUGUCUCUUUAUGACGUGCACGUCCCCCAGAAGGCGUACGAGGAUGAAAUUGACCGUCAAAAGAGGAAGGUCGUGCAAAUCAACAGUGAUCGAUCUGACAUAAGUAUCGCUGGGUCUCAAAGGAAGGAGAGCCAGAAGAAGCAAGUCACACAACUCCAGGAACGGAUCUUAGAAGAGAACAAGGCCCAUCUGAAAGCCUACGGUCAGAUGAGGGCAAAACUUCAGAAAGAAAAGGACCGCUGGUUCUUUGGCAUGCGAGGGAAGCAUGAUUCUCUGAACGUCUCUUUGCUGGAACAGUGUUUCCUCCCCCGCCUGCUUCUGUCGCCGAUUGACGCUUUCUACUGCUUCAAAUUGCUCAAGUUCCUUCAUGCUUCUGGAACCCCGAACUUCCGCACUGUCGGCUUGUUGGACCAGCUGUUCCGUGAACAGCGCCUCACCGCUCUCAUCUUCCUCUGUACUUCUCGAGAAGCUGACAAUCUUGGCCGCUUCUUGAAUGAGAUUCUCCGCGACCUCAGUCGGUGGCAUGCGGACAAGGCUGUGUAUGAAAAGGAGGCCUUUGGAACGAAGAAGGAUCUUCCUGGCUUCGCCAUGACGGUGGACCCUGAAGGCAAGCCCACUACAUUUCUGGACUAUGAAGAUUUCCGCCGUCUUUUGUACAAGUGGCACAGACUGUUCUCAUCUGCGCUCAAGACCUGUUUGAAUGGUGGUGAAUACAUGCACAUCCGCAAUGCUAUCAGUGUGUUGAAGGCUGUUGUCCAGCACUUCCCGGCUGUCAACUGGAUCGGCCGUGACAUGCUUGUGUGUGUGAACACACUGAGUCAGAAGGACGAACGAGACGACGUCAAGAUUCCUGCGGCAUCACUGAUCGGUGAUUUAAACCGACGCGAGAAGAAGUGGUUACUGCCCCAAGCGUUUAUGAUCACAAGCCAGCCGGCACCGAAAGGAAGUCAAAAUAAGCCCGAUGCCGACAGGAGCAAACCCUCCACUCCCCGACCCGAAACGACACCAGGCCCACUGAAUGCUGCAGCGCCUGAGUUCAAACCUUCCACAACCGAAUCUCAAGGUGCAACCAAACCCGAGACCAAGACGGAGGUCGAAGACGGAGAAAUCGAAGAUGCGAAGAUGACGGAUGCGCCGAAACCCACACAGGACGCUGAAUCAGCACAGAAUCCAACGGAAGACAAGAAGGAGCCUGCUGCAGAGCUAGCCCCCAAGGAGGCGCCACACGGCACUAACGAGGAAGAGGAAAAGCCAUCGACUGAUGACAAGGAUGGUCCACAAUCACUUCCCACGGCUGAGUCUCAGACACCAAAAGGUCCCGAGCCGCGCCACCCCAAUAUCCCCAAGCGCCCUGAUGUUGAUCGACCUAGCGCCCAGAGCGCUCGUUCUUCUCAUAUCCACACACCAGGCCGUUCUUUCCGAGAAGAGAGUCGCUUACCACCGCGACCUGAUCUCAUGGACGACCGUCGCGAAAGGCAUCCUGACUAUCCUCGCGGCCGAUUUGGCGAACACGACUAUAACCGGUCAUUUGACCAACCUAUGGGUGAUGGGCGCUAUGAUCGCCUGGGUCGCGAUUAUCCUCCCAGGCAACCGAUGGACGAACCCUUCCGUGGUCCCUAUCACCGGGACUCACGUCUCCCGCGAGAGCCAGAUUGGCCCGAUCGUGGGCGUGGCGCACGUGGCGGCCCAACAACACACCCUGAUCGCAUGGAGAUGAUCCAGGACCUUCCCGACAGAGAAGCCCAAAGGCGUGGAGACCCGACACGUCACGAUAAAGACGAUCGGAGGUCCCUCUCAUCCAGACUCUCUCCUCCCAAAGAUCUCCCAAGCCGACCCGAGCGCUUUCCUGAUGGUCGUCGGCCUCAUAUGCGCCACGAAGAUUUGCCAACGGGACCUCGCGGCGACAGACCUGGGCGCGGCGGUGAGCUGAUCUCAGGUGGAGACUCGAGAGAGCCACCAACUGGCCCUGAUAUGACAGCUGGGCGCCUCCGGCAACCGGAGCCGGCUGAUAUCCCCGCUGGUCCUCGGGGACGCAACCAACCCCGCGGUGGACGACAGCAGCAACAACAGCAGCAGCCCGGACCGGCUCCGAGUACUGGGCCUGCUUCUCAGGAGCGACAACCACCCACGGGACCCAGUCGACAGAUGCGCACAGGACCGGAGCAACAACCUCAGUCUGCCCCUCCUUCUCCUUCAGCCGAAAGACUCGAUACGUCCGGCAUUCAUCCCGAUCGACUCAGGAACCUUCAAGAGGAGCCACCCCAGGGAGGUGGGUAUAACUCUGGGCGUGGUCCACCUGCAGGGCCUGUCCUACCGCCAUCAGGGCCGCGUAGCGCGGGAGGGGCCCAUACGCGUGGUCAAAAUGCACCUGGUUUUGGUGGCGAGCGAGGACGCGGUGAUAAACGAUUUGCUGGGAUCAACAACAUGCUUCAGCAGACGGGUGGUCCUCCGGAUCGCGCCCCUCCACCGGUCGUUAGAGGUCGUGGCGCCAACCGCCAGGCCAGCGCCCAAGGUGGUCGACCACAAACCUCGGGAGGCCCUCCUGAUCUUCUGACUCCACGGGGACCCCAGGAUGAUGAUCAACCCCGACGACGAGGUGAGCAAGAUGAGACUGCGGGGGCCGAACGGCGUCCUCCACGGUACUCCGCCGGCAGCUAUCCCCAUGACCGGGAGCGUGAGCGCGAGAGAGACCGAGAACGAGAUCGCGAGCGCGAACGGCGCGAAGACGAUGGAUCCCGUAGCAGUCGGCGGGAGGAACAUCGAGACCGUAAUCGGGACUAUGAGCGUGAGCGUAGCCGCAGGAGUGAUGCAGGCAGUUCUUCCCGAGAAGAGCGGUUCGAGUCGCGUGAAGCGUCGCGCCGGGGACCUGGUUCCCGCGAAGACAACCGUCGUCGGCGUGACCGCGAAGAUGCACCGGAGGCGACGCAAGGCCACGACGAGGGCCGUUUACGUCCUCCAUCGUCACUUGGUGGACAACCUCCGCCGCCUCCUCCGCCACCUCCACCCCCAGCCGCCGGGGAAGGAGAGCGUCGCUGGGCUGGCGGGCGCGAUCGGGACCGCGACCGUAACCGAGACCGCCAACGGGAUCGGGAAUAUCAGCGCGAAAGUGGUGGUGGCUCAGGAGGCGUACCUCACAAGCGUCGGCGAGGCGAUGAUGGUGGACGUGGGGAGGGCAGCGGUCGUGGCGGCAUGAGGACGGGCGGUGACAAUAAACGACCGCGAAGGGGCGCAUGA